AUGCGGCUUCUCCAUGCAGCUGACCAUCCGCUUGACGGUGAGCUGGUGAAAACCGUCUGUCUGCGUGAUGUGAAAGAUGUGCUCGGCCCGCUGUCCAAGUGGACUUUCUAUUGGGAUCGCCACGACGAAGGCGUCUUCAUCGGGAAUCGGGGUAGCGGCAAGGGGGUUCACGUCGACCAGGUCCUGUGGAGCAACGUCGGUAAGAACUGGCGUGGCUACAAGCUGGUGGCAGCCUGGCCAAAGGGCGCGGUCAGCAACCAGAUUUGCACGGACUUUGACGACCAGCUGUUCAGUCCGCCGCUGUCGCAAGCCAAGCUGCAAGCUCUGCGGCAGGCCGCGAAACUGGUUCUUCUUCGUCCGGGCGACGUGUACUUCUUCAGCGGCGGGACGGCGCACACGGCCCUCUGCGUGUCCGAGGGCAUGGGUCUCAGCAGCUACGAGUCCAUUGUGACCUUGCAUCCACUCCACAGCGGCCUCUGCAUGCAAACCUGCGAUCGCAGCAGCCCGUGCUGGCUGGAAGGCGCCAUGCCUCUCGACGAGUUCGAGGAGAUCCUGGAAGAGGUGGCAGAGCAGCUUGAAAAUGCCGCCGGCCAGCUAUUGCAGGGUGGCCCCAGCGACGUUGCAGAGGCGAAGCAGCCCAAGCCGCCGCAGCUUUGGCGCACAUUGCGGCAGGAGCUGCUUGCGGACCAGGCGACGAUGCGUCUGCUGCAAGAGCACUGGGCCGCCACGGUUGCACAGUGCUUUGCCAGGAGCCGAUUCCUUCGAGAGCAGUGCUCAGCCACGGUGCGUCGAGCACUGCGGCGCCUUCUUCAAGGCAGAGGCUUCGCCUCUGAGAGGGAGCAUGAGCCAGAGUCCCGGAGCUCGAGCCUGAGAGCCCCGCCGGACCGUGCCGCCAGCACCCUAGUGCGGAAGCGCUCCCGAAGCCCGCUUCGCCAGGGCACAGUGUCGAACUGA